GGGCCUCUCACCUUCUCAUGGCUCAAAUUACUCCUGCAGAUCUCUGUCUUCUUCUGGAAAGUAGAAUUCGGUGGAACUGCGGCGCAUCGCCAACAUCUCAGGAAUAUUAUUUUGCUGCUGAACGUCUCCGAUCAUGAGGAUGGUGUAAAAUGAAUAGAUUAUUAUUAACUUGUGACCACAGUUAGGAGACUCAUCGUUCUGCUCGCUGCUGAUCCUCGAGCAGAGACGGUUUUGGGGCCGAACGAGUUUAUUUUCUUCCCGGCUCAGCAUGAACCUCAUCGGGGGCUAUCAGCAUCAUCACCACCACCACCUCAUGCACGAACCCUUCCCGUUUGUCCAGCGGUGCCACCAGGACGCACCGUAUUUCCAGAGUUGGGUGGUGAACCACGGCGAGGUGCCCGCGGACUUCCAGAUCCAGGCGCCCUACACGCCGUCCGCGGAGCUGGGAGCGCAUGGGACGGCGCACGACGGCCGGCUGGAGGCUCUGCAGAGCGGCAUCGGGAAGAGGAGGGCGUCCGGGCCGAAGAAGGAGCGCCGCAGGACGGAGAGCAUCAACACGGCCUUCGCUGAGCUCCGGGAGUGUAUUCCCAACGUUCCUGCAGACACCAAACUGUCCAAAAUCAAAACUCUGCGCCUAGCGACCAGUUACAUCGCGUAUCUGAUGGACGUGCUGGCCAAGGAUUCCGGAGAGACGGAGGGCUUUAAGGCCGAGAUUAAGAAAUUUGAAACGCGGGAUUUGAAAAGGAAACGGGAGCUGACCGACGGACUGCAGGAGUCUUUUGGAGGCGAGAAGAAGGUGAAGGGCCGGACUGGAUGGCCGCAGCAGGUCUGGGCCCUGGAGCUCAACCAGUGACCCCCCCACCCCCCCACUGAUGCGCUAAAAUGCAGAGACUGAAAUGAGAGCCUGGAGGAGGAGCUGCAGCAGCGCGUCUUUCCCACAAUAAUAAUAAUAAUAAUAAUAUUUGUGAUAUUUUAACUGUUUAUUUCUUUGGGCUUCACUCUCCUGCUGCCAAAGCAAACAAACAGAAACUGCCUGUUUUCACCUGAUCUACAUGGUUCAUUUCUACAACAGGGUCACUUUUCAUUGCGUUUAAAUCUGUUUAUUACUGUAAAUAUUAAGAAGGUAUGAAAUAAGA